UUAGCUUAUUUCGUUGUGUUAAAGUGUAAAUUAAUCCGCGAAUAAUCAUGGCUGGCGGGUCGACGCGUGUGCCGAUUUCCAUGCUGCUGCAGGACAAAUCGUCCAACGCCGAGGAUGACGAGGAGCCGAAGAAAAAAUCCCGCGAAGAUUGGCGUAAAGCCAAAGAGCUGGAGGAAGCGCGUAAAGCGGGAACCGCUCCGGCUGCCGUCGACGAGGAAGGUAAGGACAUUAAUCCUCACAUUCCCCAGUACAUCAGUUCGGCCCCGUGGUACUACAAUACCGCCGGACCGACGCUGAAGCAUCAGCGCCCGCAGGAGGACCGCAAAGCGCAGUACUCCGGAGUGGAUCAGUGGUAUAAGCGAGGUGUCGACACCAGCCGGACGGUAACGAAGUUCCGCAAGGGAGCUUGCGAAAACUGCGGUGCGGUCACGCACAAGAAAAAGGACUGCAUGGAGCGGCCACGCAAGGUGGGAGCGAAAUUCAACGGGGCCAAGAUUGCGUACGACGAGUUCGUGCAGCCGAAGAUAAAUUCCGAUUACGAUGGCAAGCGGGACCGGUGGGCCGGUUACGAUCCGGCCAACCAUCGCGAGAUCGUGGAGGAGUAUCAGAAGAUCGAACAGGCCAAACGGGAGCUGCGGGCGCAGAAGCUGAAGGAAAAUCCCGAUUUGGCUAACGAGGAUGACGGGGAAGACGAUGAAGAUAAAUACGUGGAUGAAGUUGAUAUGCCCGGAACGAAGGUUGACUCCAAACAACGUAUUACAGUGCGUAAUCUUCGCAUCCGCGAAGAUACGGCCAAAUAUCUGCGCAAUCUGGACCCCAAUUCGGCGUACUACGAUCCGAAGACUCGCUCCAUGAGAGACAAUCCGAACCCGCAGCUGAAUCCGGAGGAAACGGACUUUGCUGGGGAGAAUUUCGUGCGCUAUUCCGGCGACAUACAGAAACAUGCGCAAGCGCAGCUGUUUGCUUGGGAAGCCCACGGGAAGGGUGUCGACGUGCACGUACUGGCGGAACCGACCAAGUUGGAGCUGCUGCAGAAGGAAUACGAAAAGAAGAAGGAUCAGUUCAAGGAUGAAAGCAAGAAUACCGUACUGGAGAAGUAUGGCGGCGAAGAGCACUUGCAGGCUCCGCCGAAGGCGCUUCUGCUGGCACAAACCGAACACUACGUAGAGUACAGUCGUUUCGGAAAGAUUAUCAAAGGCGAAGAUAAGCCAAUUGUUCGGUCCCGGUACGAGGAGGACCUCAUGGUUAACAACCACACCACAGUUUGGGGUUCGUUUUGGAAGAGUGGCCAGUGGGGCUACAAAUGCUGCGAAUCUACAAUUAAAAACUCGUACUGCGUGGGGGAAAAUGGAAAAACAAGCAGUAUAAAAGCAACUGACGCAGCGCCCGGUCCUUCACGAAUUCAGCGUAAACCGGCAGCUACCGAAGAGAAGAAUUUACCUAGCAGCAGUAGCAGCAGUGACAGUGACAGUAGUGACAGCGAAAGUAGUAGCAGCAGCAGCAGCGGCAGCGACAGCAGUAGCUCGUCGUCAUCGUCGUCGUCCUCGUCAUCUUCCGAGUCCGAGGAUUCCGAGCCGGAAGACAAGCAGCGUAAGAAGAAGUCAAAACAGUCGAAGAAAGCAGACAGCAAGAAAAAACGUGAGAAGAAAACGGAUGAGGCGAAGCAGACCGUCAAGGACAAGCUGCAGCUGGCACUGCUGGCCGAGGAACGGCACCAGCGACGGGCCGACGAACUACUGCGGAUGGACGAGCGGAAGCGACCGUACAACAGUAUGUUCGAGGCGAAGGCUCCCACCGAGGAGGAGAUAGAAGCCUACCAGAUGAAGCGCCGGCGCGACGAGGAUCCGAUGCUGAAGUUUGUUGAGAAGUAAAUGAUUGAAGGUUUGAAAUAAAUGGUAAUGGUAAUAUAAUAUAAGGUUCGUACAUAAAAUCCGAAAUAUUUAGAAUUAAGAUAAAACUAUUUUUUGUUUUAAAUAUAUAUGAUAUAA